AUGUCCCCUGGGGACUCCUCCAGGCAGCACCCCAACCAUAUCCACCACAGGCAGCACCAGCCCCAGCUGGCAGUGAGGUCCUGGACAUCAGGUGAACGGACACCAGAGCAGGCCCCCUGCCAGGGCACACCAGCCUCCUCAGCACAGCACCAGGGGUCCCUGGGGGAGCCAUGGGCUCUGUUCUCCCUCCCCUUGACACAGGGACCUCUCUCUGCUCCUCACUGGCCCAUGGAGUGCGAAGUCAUUAAGGGGACGAUUGAGUACAUCGCAGCCCCCUCGGAGGGUCCCCAGUACACCACACUGCUCUUUGAGUCCCACUUUGAGAGUGGGAACCUUCAGAAGGCCAUCAAGGUAGGUCCCUACGAGUACGUGCUGACCCUGCAGCCAGAUCUGUACACGGCCAAGCACACCCAGUGGUUCUACUUCUGCAUCCAAAAUACCCAGCGGGACCCUCUCUAUCGCUUCAUUAUCGCCAACCUGGCUAAGACCAAGAGCCUCUAUAACCAGGGCCUGUGGCCACUGCUCUACUCCCAGCAGGAUGCUGUCGGAUGGUGCCAGGUCAGGGCUGAUAUCUGCUACUACCGCGGCAGUGGGGAGGAGCUGUCCACCUUCUGCCUUACCUGGACCAUGCACUUCCCCCAUGACAGCGACAUCUGCUUCUUGGCCCACUCCUACCCCUACACCUACUCAGACUUGCAGCGUUACCUGCAGGUGCUGGCGGGUGGCCCCGUACGCUCGUGGUACUGUGUGGUGCGGGCGCUGUGCCACAGCCUGGCUGGUAACACCAUGUACCUGCUGACCACCACCGCGCCCAGCAGCGCCGCGGGGAAACGGGUGGUGGUGGCGAGCACUCACGCACAUCCCGGCGAGAGCAGCAGCUCCUGGGCCCUGCAUGGCUUCCUCGACUUCCUGCUGCACACUGACACGCAGCUCCCGCGCCCCCUCUUCGUCUUCGAGAUGCUCAACCCUGAUGAGGUGGUGGUGGGCAGCUCCCGCUGCUCUUUGGCAGGAUGUGAUCCCAACAGGGUGGAGCUGGUGGGAUGGGGUUGCUCCUCUGGUGUGUUGGUGGAGUGGGAAGUGGUGCCGUACUGCGCCUUCCAUGGGCACAGCCGGAAGAACAACUUCUUCAUGUAUGGCUGUGACAGCAGCGGGGACAGUGCCAGGACACGGCUGAUCCAGCGCGCGUUCCCCCUGAUGCUGAGCAAAAAUUCCCCUGACAAGUUCUUCUUCCCCAGCUGCAAGUUCCAGGUGCAGAAGAGCAAAGCGGGGACUGGACAGGUGGUCAUGUGGCACCUGGGUGUCUCCCACAGCUACACCCUGGAGGUGGCCUUUGGUGGCUCCAUGCUGG